AUGGAUUUAGGCCGUAGCAGUGUCAGUUCAGCUCCUGUCAGCAUCGCUGAAGAGGACGAAAGUGACCCGCCUAUAGAUUAUAUUAAAAUUUCAGAUAAAAAUGCGUGGUUUUCAAGAGCUUACACACUGGCCGAACCAGAUGGCACUACUCGCAUUGUAGAGUAUACAGCUGACAAACAUAACGGUUUUAACGCGAUUGUUAAACGUAUCGGUCAAGCUCAGCACCCGCAAAUCUACAACACACAUGACGACGGCGCUGGUUACUACGGAUACCAC